AUGUACGAUUGGAUUACUGUAACCCACAUAAUAGCCCAAGUGGGAUAUUAUACAACAACAUUUUUUGGAACAACAUUAAUGUGUCUAACUUAUUUUGGAGUAAAACGAAGUUUUGGGAUGUACAAAUAUUUGAUGAUGGUGUUCACGGGACUUGGAAUGGUUUUCGCCACACUCGAAUAUUUGAUCUACCCGGUGAGAAGAGAGUUGAUAUAACUCUAAUAGAUUUAUUAUUUCAGACUUGUCAUGCAUACAACGCUGGUUAUAUAUUUUUCUUUGCAUCCAGACCAUUUGGUGCACCGAAAAGUGUCAUGGAAGUUGCAGCAUCUUUGUAUACCAUGAUAUUUGCCGCCACAAUUUCUCUUUUAGCUGUUCAAUUUCUGUACAGAUAUUGGGCAGUUUUUGAGUGAGUUUUUUAAAAAUUAUUUAGAAAACAAGAGCACAUACUAAAUUAAAGUGCUCCAAAACUCAAAUGGUUCAAAGGGUGUCGAUUCGUUCUGUGGAUUCUCUAUGCUCUGACUUUUGGUAGUUUUUGGGGACUUUCUUGCUAUUUUUUGACUUCACUCGAUGAUUUUUCAAUAAAUUACAUGAGACAAGAAAUGACACAAAUUUAUCAUGUAUCAAUAACCGAGGUACCAUGCUUUGCAGUGGUUAUUUAUGUAAGUUUUCCAAAUCUUGAAAUAAUUUAAACAAGUUGUCUUCUGGAGGACAACAGUGACCCGAAAAAUAUUUUUCCAAGAUGGAAAAAUAUCAUACAUUUGUUUAUAAUGAGUGGAAUAAACGUAGGUUCCCACUCUAUGAAUUUUCUGAAUGUGUUUCGAUUUUUCAGACAGUUCAAUAUGCCAUUAUAAUUUAUUGUGGAACAUUGAUGAAAAUGGAAAUGAAUGAGAAAUUACAAAAAUAUUCUCCAAGUCUUCGGAAACUUCACAAACAAUUCUUCUUGACUUUAAUCCUUCAAAUCAGCGGUCCAACUUUGUUUCUUUUCAUUCCAAUUUUCAUUUUUUGUUUUGUCCCAUUUCUUGAUAUUGAAGUUAGUUUACCAACUGGUAUAUUAUUAUGUGCAUUCACAUUAUACCCAGCUGUUGAUGCAAUUAUUGUAAUGUGUUGCAUUUCUGAUUAUCGAAAUGCUAUCAGAAAAUCAAUCAAAAGUAUUAUAGAAGCUUUCCCACAAAUCCAAAACAAGUUCUGA